GUAUGUGUGUGUGCGCGCGUGUAUAUAUAUGUGCAUAAACAUAUGUGUGUGUGUGUGUAUAUAUAUAUAUAUAUAUAAACUAGUAAUAAACACCUUAGUAGUAAUAUUUGACAUAAAGAUCUUUUAUGAUCAACUUAAUAUCUCUAAUAAAAAAGCUAUUGAAAUUAAACAUUUGUAAACUUUACGUCUUUGAUUUUUAACAACCAAGGAAAAAGGAAAACAUAACCUUAAUUGUGGAAAAAAUAACUCGGAGAUUUAACAAGAAUUACUUCCCCAUGGAAAAUAUAUCAAAUAAUUCUAUUUCAACACUUAUUGAUCAUAUAUUUUUUCAUUUAACGGGAUUUGAGUGUAAAGAUCAAUCAAUUAUCAGAGUUAAUAAUGAAAAGUUAUUUAUAAACGGAGACUUGUAUUUUUUACCUAGCCUCAAAUUAUGGAAGACCAUUUUAGCUGAUAAAUUAGAUUGUAAUGAAAACUGUACCAAUAUUUUGCAACAUUGUGCACACAUUGGAAAUACUGUGUUAGAACAAGUGGAAAAGAUUAAUACUAAUGAAAAGGUCUUUCAAUCACUCAUUUUAGCUAGUAAUACUUGGAAUUUAAAGAUAACAAAAUGUACUUUACAAAACGAACGGAUUUGUCUAUUUCUGGAAAGACCAUCUGUUAUGAAAACUAUUAUAAAUACCGUCAUUCAAAAAGGACCAUCGUUUGGAAGAAACGCAUCUAUAAAUGAAAAUAUUUGCCUAACAUUUCUUCCAGAUGAACAAUCAGAAUUAACUAGCAUGAGAUUACAAUUAAUAAAGGAUAUCAGUGAAAGAAUUUUGGAUUUGCAAGGAUACAGUAUAUGCAAGAAGGUUUGCCCUCAUUCUGUUGUAUUAACCAAUAAGUCUCAUAGAGAAACGAUUGAAGAUAGUAAAAAUUAUGUGUGUGGUGUGGUUAAAAAUUCUGAAACAAAUACCAAAGAAAUAACAUUAACUUGGAGCAAAUAUAUAUAUAAUAAAAUUGAAACAAUAAUGGAAUUAAACGAACAAAAAUAUCUUGAAACAAACAAACAAGAUACAAAUGAGGAUUCUUUCCUUCGGAAUAUGGCAGAGGCUACUGUCACUUUUGAAUUAUUGGCUGUUAAACCAAGUCGUCCUGUUUCCAUUAAUAUUCAUACAAAUACAGACAGAAGUCUUACCAAUACGAAAGGUGCACCUUUCAUAUUAUACAAUACUGCUAGAAUAGCUGCAAUUAUAGAAAAAUAUAAUGAAGGUAUAUCCAACGGAGAAUAUCCAGAAUUAACAAAUAUCGAGGCUGUAGAUUUUUCUGUUUUAGAUGAUGAGGAUGAAUGGGAACUCAUUUAUAACUUUAUAAUUGGAUAUUCUCAAGCUAUAGAAAACAGUAUCAGGCAUAAACCUAAUUUUCAAAUCUGUCCACAAGUUAUAUGCAUGUUUUUAUCACGGCUAUGCCAAAAGUUUAGUAUUUAUUAUAGAAGAAUUAAAAUAUUAACGGAGGGAUAUAAGCAUUUGUAUUCAAAAUUAAUAGCAAGAAUUUACAUGCUAAAAGCAUUGGAAAUUAUUUUGCAAAAUACUCUCGCGAUAUUCAAUAUAAAAUCUGUUUCUCGAAUGUAAGAAUUCCUCGAUGAAAUAUUCGCAGGUCGAAUAACUUGUAUUAAUUUCAAUCAAUUAAAUAAUCACAUUAUUUUAUAUAAAUUAAAGAAAUAAAUGAUAAUAUUGUGAAAGGAUUAAAAUAUUUCUCAAAUUUAUCGACACUAUUAUAACUUAGGAUAUCUUUUACGUCGGAUUAACAAAUGAGAACAAUUAAUCAUUCCAUUAAUUUGAUGCCGAUUUAAAAAAAAUUAAAAUUCAUCGAUGUAAAAAAUAUUAUUUUAUACGAUGGUAUUUCGAUCUAUUCAAUGAUAAAAUUCAAUAAUAAAGUAAUAAGUUAUCGUCUUGUCAAUUGCCUCGACACUUGUUAUCAUAAAGAUAAUCUCGAUGACUACUUGAAAAGGUCGUAACCGCAAUCCUUAUCAGAACUUUCUCCGAUUAAGUUCGAUCGUUAAUCCGACUAACCUUCAUCGCAAAACAGGAAAAACAAUCUUCUUUAUUUUUUGAUGCACCACAAAUAAAAACUUAAUAGUUCCUGAUCAAGAAAAACAAAAAGAAAAAAAAAAAAACGAUAUAAAAUGCGUUCAAUAUCAGAUCGGCCAUUAAAAAUCGGAAGUGGUCGUUUUCGCAACUUUGAAAAUCGUAAGGAAAAAUCUCAUGGCGCGAAAGAUGGCGCGAAUUACGAAAGCUCGAUUGGGAGAAGGUGACCGUUCGUGGAUAGGGGAAAAAAACAACAACAAAAAAAAAAAAAAAAAAAAAAAAAAAAAAAAAAGGAAGGAAAAAAAAAUAAGAGAAGAAAAAAGAGUGCAAAAGCAACAAAAAAAAAAAAAAGUUAAAAGAAAGAGAAAAUUCAUUUCGAUUUUUUCGAAAGCAUAACACUACAAUAAUCGAUCGCGCGCGAUUUGUUGAUAAUCUUUAAAUUUAUCAUUGGUUAUUUCCUUUUUUAUAUCGUUUCGCUAUAGAAAGGAAAAAAAGUAAAGGAAGGAAAAAAAAAAGAAAAAAAGAAAAAAAAAAAGAAAGAAAACAAAAUAGAUGGAGAAUAUCGUACGAAAGUUUAAUAAGAGCUUGGAGGAGGGCGACGGGGGGGGGGAGGAACUGGGAACAAAACUACGAACAAAGUUGCGAGAAAAUCGUCCUAAAUAUUUUGGCGGGGAAAAAUAAGAAGUAGCGAAUAGAAUAGGAGUAGGAGUAGGAGUAAGAGGAGGAGGAAGAGGAGGAGGAAGAGGAGGAGGAGGAGGAGGAGGAGGGUCAGACUUCGAAAGGGAUCGUUGUCGUGCAUCGAAAGACGCACGCACGAUAGCGUGCAACCGAGCGAGGCGAGGGACACGGCCAGCUGUUUGUUUUGUUUUCGGGCAUGAGAUUCACGUGACACCACCGGUGCUGGUGGCGGCUCGCGCGGUAGCGCCGUAUCAAAGACGGCGAUUGGACGAGCCGUUGCAUUCGCGCACCAUUCAACCAAUCGUAGGUGCCGUUAGAAGGGAGGCCUGGUGCUUCUACGGUGCAGAGACGUUUGACAUCGAUAAAUGCGUGAGAGUGCUCGCGAAGUGCGGAGGUACCAGGCCGUAGUUCGUUCGUCGGCUCGUCGUCGUCCUCGUUGUCCUCGUUAUCCUCGUCGUCGUAAUCGUCGAGGACUCGUACUGGGUUAGUUAUCGUAAACGUCGAGGACGUCAUCGACAUCCUCGAGCACGGCCAGCUAAGAGAAAGGGGGAGUACGUGCGUUCUCGAGAAUAGCACGGAUUUUAGCCGCGAAUAUUCGGCCGAGUCGCGAACGAGUGCAGAGAAUUUCGCGUCGCGUGCGCGCCGUCGUUUUGAACUUGGAAGGCAGCAGUGAAUGCGGUGACGAGGGUUCGAGAAAGCAGAAAAAGAAGAAAAAGAAGAGGAGGAAGUGGUGGUGGUGGUGGUGGUGGAGGAGGAGGCAGGAAGGAAGGAAGGAAGGAAGGAAAAAGAGAAGAAGCAGGACAACGAAGGAAUUAAGAAGAACUACUACUACUACUACUACUACUACUACUGCUGCUAUUGCUCUUAUUCUUACUACUACUACUACUACUACUAAUAUUACGUGUGUGUUAGAAGAGAGAAAGAAGAGAGACAGAGGGGAAAAAAGGAGGAGGACGGUGGAGAAGAGGAAGAACCAUCACCGGUGGUGUUGUAUAGUGGCGUGGGUAGUAACCGAAACGCGAAAGAGAGAGUUAUAAGGUACUGCUGUAGUAGAGGUUAUACCGGGCGCACGAAAGAGAACGUGACUUUGGCGGUGAAAAGAGAAAAGAGAAAAGAAGAAGAAGAAGAGGAAGAAUAAAAAGACGAGGGGGAGAGAGAGAGAGAGAGAGAGAGAGAGAGAGAAUAAAACAGGGAUAGAAAGAGAGAGAGAGAGAGAGAGACAAAAGAGUUGAAUCGGGGGAGUCGUGGUGAAUCGUGGUGACGACGAGACGUUCGGAAGAACCACGAAAAGAGGUAGACGAUAAGGAAAAGAAGAGGAAGAGGAGGAAAAGGUGGAGGAGGAAGAAAAAAUAAAAAUAAUAAUAAUAAUAAUAAUAAUAAUAAUAAUAAUAACAAUAAUAAUAAUAAUAAUAAUAAUAAUAAUAAUAGAAGAAGAAGAAAAGAGACUUUUGUAGACAUAGGAUAAUAUAAGAGAAAAGGGACGAAGGAUUUUCGACGCUCCUGGCGUGAUCCUAAAAAACGAACGAGGAUAAAAAUAAAAGUAAGUAGAAACAGAGAAAGAAAGAAAGAAAGAGAGAAAGAGAGAGAGAGAGAGAGGGAGAGAGAGAGAGAGAGAAAGAGAGUGAA